AUGGCAGACUUUAUAUCGUCAGAAGGGACAAGAGUCAAAAAACUACAAUAUGCGGACGAUCUGAUUAUGUACACAGUUUCUCACUCAGUAGAGCAUUGUAGAACAGAAUUGGCUAAUGCCAUAUCAAACGAUUUGGAAUGGAUGCGGAAUAAUAGACUUGCUUUGGAACCGAGAAAGACCAAAAGCAUAAUUUUUACCAGGCAUAGAGCUCCCAAAAAUAUGCAUGGAAUAGAUAUUGACAUGACAAGAAUCGAAAUAUUAGAAAACAUUAAAAUCCUGGGUGUGACUUUUGAUAAAAAAUUAAAUUUCAACAAGCACAUAAGCGAGAUUUUACUCAAAUGCGAGAAAGGCAUUAAUUUACUCAAAAGAGUAUGUAACACCAGCUGGGGUACACACCCAAAUGCAUGUCUUUCUUUAUAUAAGGCUAUCAUUAGACCCCAUUUCGACUAUGGCUGUCAAAUAUACGGAGGAUUGUCCGCAGGCUUAUAUAAAAAGUUGAGUAGAGCGCAAUUUGCAGCUAUAAGAACAUGUCUGGGAUCUUUAAAAUCAACCCCCACUAACUCUUUAUUAGCUGCAGCCGGGGAAGCUCCCUUAGAUAUAAGAAAACAAGUACUAACGAAUAGAUUCUUGAUCAAAAAAUUUAAUUUUGAUCAUUCAUGGAUUCAAGAUCAGUUGGAGGCUCUGGCAGUUCGACAUUUCAAUAAUAGGUACUGGUUUAAUAAACCGAUCCCUCCGCUAGUUGCUGGUUUCCAUUCAUUAAAGUCUUUAGAAGAUAACAUCAUAAUAAGCAACAGAUUGGCGUACUAUACAGUGACUUGGAAAGCAACGAUUCCCAAAAAAUAUAUACACCUAUCAGACGAAUUAGUCAGUGGAAAGAAUAUGAAUAAGAAAACAAUCAAUCUGGAAUUGCACGCCUUACUGAACACUAGAUGGGAAAAGUAUAUACAAAUCUAUACGGACGGCUCAAAAACUGAUGACGGCGUUGGCUGUGCUGUAUACAUACCAAGCCAGGAUAUACAGCUUCAAAUUAAACUCCCAGAUUGGGCAUCAAUAUUUACUGCAGAAUUGACGGCUAUCAACAGUGCGCUAGACCUAAUUAAGGAACAUAAUUUAAAGAAGGCAAUAAUUCUUUCUGAUAGCAUGUCCUCACUGCAUGCCUUAAAUAUGCCUAAAGAUUAUGGCAAUCCUUUAAUAUUCGACUGUUUACAAAAAAUAGAAAAGCUAAACAACAAUAACUACAGGAUCGAGUUAGUAUGGAUAAGAGGCCAUCACAAUAUCACCGGGAACGAGAUCGCGGAUAGCCUGGCCAAAGAGGCACAAAACUCAGCCACUUUAAUUAAAAAAGCUCCUGCCGUGGAUCUGAAACGAAAGAUCACAAAAAUGGGGAUGUUGCAUUGGCAAAAAAUAUUUGAUCUCGAAUCAGCGUCAAAAGGUAUAUUAUUCCGACCGUGUAAACCGAUAGUGUCCAGAAACACAUGGUUUGAAAAAUUGAACUGGAACAGAAGAGAGAUAUCUACAAUAUGCAGAUUAAGAUUGGCGCACACGAAGAAUAAUGUUCAUCUAUUUAGGAUUGGGAUAAAACAAGACCCGUUCUGUUCGUGCAGCACUGUACUGGACACAAUAGAUCACAUAUUGUGGAGUUGUCCAUUGUAUGAAAGGCAACGAAUAAUACUGUUUAAAAAGCUUCAACAGAGAAAGGUGUCAUUUCCUAUAAAUGCUAGGUUCAUCAUUAGUAGUAAUAACAUUGAUUUGUACAGAAUACUGAUAGACUUUGUAAAUGAAUCCAAUAUAAGGUUAUAG